AUGACCUCGCCGCCCUCUUCCUCGUCGAGGUUCCCCUCUCCAGGACGGCCGGACCAGUGGGCCUGCGCCCGCUGCACGCUCUGCAACCCCGGGAGCCUCGCCGCCUGCGACGCGUGCGGCGCCGCGCGCCCCGAAGCCUCGGAUCUGGGCGCCGUCGCCGGCGGCUCGUCGCUCCCGCCCCAGUGGAUCUGCGCCCGCUGCACGCUCUCCAACCCCAAGAGCCUCGCCACCUGCGGCGCGUGCGCCGCCGCGCGCCCCGCGGAGGUGGAGGCUGCUGACGACGCCGACGCGCUGGACCUGUCCGCCAUCGCCGGCGCCGCGUUCCUCCCGCUCCGUGGCUGCUCCAGGAAGAGGGCUCGCGCGGCGUCACCGGACGUCGUCGUCGAUGAGGGCGCCGGCUCGGACCAGAAGGAGGAGACGACUGCCGAAAAGGAGGAAGUGAAUGCUGAGGCUCAUUUGGAUAAGAAGACCAUCAAAGUCAUGACAUACAACCUAUGGUUUCGGGAGGAUUUGGAACUGAGCAAAAGGAUGAAAGCUAUUGGAGAUCUUAUUCAGCACCACGACCCAGAUCUUAUAUGUUUCCAGGAGGUUACAUCAAACAUAUAUCAGCUUCUCCAAAAAUCUGGCUGGUGGCAAGAGUACAAAUGCACCUUGUCAGAUAACUUAGCCAUGUACAUGGACAGGCCAUAUUUCUGCAUGCAGAUGAGCAAGUUGCCGGUGAUUUCUGUUAAAUGCCUACCAUUUGGUAACUCAAUAAUGGGAAGAGAGCUCUCCAUUUCAGAAAUCAAAAUUGAAGGUGCCAUCAAGCUGGUGUUGGCUACAAGCCACCUAGAGAGUCCAUGCCGGUGGGAUCAGAUGUACAGCAAGGAACGAGUCACCCAGGCAAAUGAAUCUAUGAGGAUCUUGGGUCGCUUCCGCAAUGUAAUAUUUGGUGGAGACAUGAACUGGGAUGACAAAGGAGAUGGGCCGUUUCCUCUGCCGGAUGGCUGGACUGAUCCUUGGGACGAGCUGAAGCCAGGUGACGAAGGCUGGACGUACGACACCAAAGCUAAUGGCAUGCUAACAGGCAACCGCAAGUUACAGAAGAGGAUGGAUCGGUUCGUAUGCAAGUUGCCAGAUUUCAAGAUUGACGCUAUCGAGAUGAUUGGGAAGGAGGCUAUACCUGGACUAUCGUACAUGAAGGAGAAGAAAGUCGGCAAGAAUGUCCGCCAGCUGGAAUUGCCUGUGUUACCUAGCGACCACUUCGGGCUGGUUUUGAGCAUUAGCUACGGACCAUCAGGUUGAAAGUAUGGUAUCACAGUAGCUAGACACCAUGGCAGAAACUGUUGGUUUCCCUACGGUGUAAAAAAUGUUCCCUGGUACUAAAUCUGUAGCUGGAGGAAGUAACUUUUAUUUCUCUGGAGACCACUACAUGUGUUUCUAAGCACACUUGAGUGCAGAUGAA